AUGAAAGAAGAGAUUCACAGAAGUCCGCAAUUCAGCAAUUAUGGUAGAAUGAGAUGUCCUCGAUAUAAAUUUUAUCAUUCACCCACAAGAUACUCUCAACAGCAUCAUUAUCACUACAACGACUCGGAACACAUUUUCGAAAAGAUUUACCAAGUUCUCCUUCCAAGCGUCCACAAAACCAAUCAAAACAUGGAAGAAUUACCUCUCACACAAGAGGAAAUUCGAUCAUUGAGUCAACCAUUGUUACCUCAAUUCAACUUGGGGUUCGUACAAGCUCCUCCUAACGAAUAUACAUCCUUACAAACCGAACCUCCAUUCUAUGUCUUAGAUUUAAGUCGCUUGUUGUCACAGACACAAACUGUUCAACAUUUUCCUGAAGUUUCUUCAUCCCUUGUUCAAUCUUCUUCAUUGACCAUUCAAACCUUAAACGAUGAAGGUGAAGCAGAAGAAUCGGCUCCACCUGCAACCGACACUACAACUAUUUCCACCAAAUCACUAUUCACACAAGAUUUAGAUCCAUUCUGGUCGAAUGUGUGUCGAGUGAUAUUGAAUAGGUUCAUGAAUAUUACUCAUAUAAAUUUAGAUUCAAAUAGAAUUCACAGUUUACAAGUAUGGCAACCCCUUACAAGAUUGAGACAUUUGAUUUCUCUUUCACUACGUUAUAAUAACCUGGAAUACAUCCAAGAAUUGCAAUAUUUGAAAGGAUUAGGCAUUGUGAAUUUAAAUAUUUCAGGAAAUCCAUUCCUAACUUCACAAAACAAUCAACUCUAUCGAGAAGAUAUUGCACUUCUCGUUCAAUACUUUUCAUCUCUUGAAAAUGUUGAUGAUUUCAUCAUUCCUGAAGAAUUUAAAGGCGAGACGAUUGUGAUUCGAAAAAGUGUCUUACCAAAUAUUCUCACAACAAGUUUCUAUGAAAAUGAAUCUCUGAGAGAAUAUGUCGAAUGGUUUCUGUUGCAGUAUUUUACAUGUUUUGAUUCAAAUCGAGAUCAACUCUUCCAAUUCUAUCACGAAAAUGCCACCUUCUCAUUUUCCUACAAUAUGAAUGAAUAUGUGGAUGUUCCUGAAACGAUCGAAUCACGACUCAUGAUGAAGCCCUUUAAACCUUACUCGAGAAAUGUUCGAUUCAUCUUGGAGAAGGAAUACAUUGAUAAGAGUAUUUUAGAAAGUUCAACGAUUAGUUUUGGUAAAGAACAAAUUGCAGAACGAUUGAGAAUAUUACCUCCUUGUAGUCAUAAUUUGAAUUUAAAAUUGGUGGAUGUGCAAAGUGUAGCUUUUGUGAAUGGCUUUCUGGUUGUGUUACAUUGUCCAUGUGAACAGUUUGAUGCGAAAGGAUUUGCAUUCCCUCGUUCCAUCGAUACUGUGUUCCUGAUGACCGAAAAUCAACCUAUGGAUAUUUCAUUGGGUCCGAAUUUACCCUUCUUGAUUCGAAAUCAUCAGUAUCACAUUCGACCCUAUUCUUCCCUUAAUUUGAAUCCAUUCAGAUCUGAUGCUAAUAUCUAUGAAGCUUGGAAUUUCGGAACACUUGCAGCUGAACCAUCUUCUCCCAAUUUCACAUUCUCAGCUGAAACCAUUCUCACUGAAUUUUUGCAAGCAACAAAACUCAAACGAGAAUUUGCAAUUCCCUGUUUGGAAUUUGUUGGUUGGAAUCUCCAGAAAGCGAUGGAAAUAUUUAUAAUUGAGAAUAAGAACGGUACAAUUCCAGCCCAUUGCUUUCAAGUGUAA